AGUCUGUUGUUUAAGAAAAGAAUAAUACUACUAUCUAGCCGAAUAAAUAAAAAAGAAAAAAAACAAUAACUAACAAUGAAUUAUCUAAAUUAAUUGACAGUCUGAAAAUGAUAACGGUUGAUUGAAGUUGUUGAUGAUAAAUUAAGUGACUAAAAUGGUAUUUGUAACAGUGGAAUUAUUACUUGUUACCAUAUCACUGUUAUCAAUAAUUUACUACUACAAGUGGUUAACAUGUUACUUUGAUUUUUGGAAAAUACGUAAUGUAAAUGGACCAAAGCCAAUACCACUACUUGGUAAUGUACUUGAUCUUGUGACAUUUAAAUAUUCAAUUGGUUGUUUUCUUCGUAAAAUUUAUAACGAAUAUAAUAAUGAAAAAAUAGUUGGUUUAUUUGUAAAUCGUCGACCAGCAUUAAUGAUAAAUGACAUGGAUUUAAUUAAAUCAAUAUUAAUAAAAGAUUUUUCAAGUUUCAUGGAUCGUGGAUAUGGUACACAUGAAAAGACCGAUCCAUUGACAAUGCAUUUAUUUAAUUUAGAGCCAGCAAGGUGGCGACCAUUAAGAGCUAAAUUAACACCAGCAUUUACAUCGGGAAAAUUACGUGAAAUGUUUUAUUUAUUAAUCGAAUGUUCUGAUCAACUUGAUAAUUAUUUAAAUAAAUAUAAUGGCCAAAUUGUUAAUAUGCGUGAAAUAUCUUUUAAAUUUACAAUUGAUGUUAUUGGUACAUGUGUAUUUGGUCUACAAGCAAAUGCACUUAAUGAUCCUGAUAGUCCAUUCAAAAUAAUGUCUAAAAAAAUAUUUGAUCCAAAUUGGAAAAAUUUAUUAAAUUUUAGCCUACGGUGUUUUACACCACGUUAUUUCUAUGAUUUAAUUGGUAAUUUAUUAACGGACUAUGAGUUACCAAAUUUUUUUAUAAAUCUUACCAAAAAUACAAUUGAUUAUAGAAUUAAAAAUAAUAUUACAAAACAUGAUUUUGUUGAUCAAUUGAAAAUGCUCAAGGAGGAUCCAAGUAAACUGGGAGAUAUUGAAGUAACAGAUAAUUUCCUUGCUGCUCAAUUAUUUGUUUUUUUUAUUGCUGGCCAUGAAACAUCAGCUUCGUUGAUUAGUAAUUGCCUUCUCGAACUUGCUAUGAAUCACAAAAUUCAAGAAAAAUUACGUAAAGAAAUAAAUGAUGAACUUGAAAAAUCAAAUGGAAAAAUAACUUAUCAAGGAAUUAAAAAUAUGUUUUAUUUGGAUAAAAUAUUUAAAGAGACAAUUAGAAAAUAUCCACCAGUUACAGAAAUAAUGAGAGUGUCAACAACGGCAUAUACUUUCCCAGAUACAAAUAUAUCUAUACCAGAAAAUACAAUAACAUGGAUACCAAUAUUUGGUAUACAUCAUGAUCCAAAAUAUUAUCCAGAUCCAGAUAAAUUUGAUCCAGAAAGAUUUAGUGAUGAAGUUAUUAGAAGUCGUCAUCCAAUGUCUUUCCUCGGCUUUGGAGAUGGACCAAGAAACUGCAUUGGUGCAAGAUUUGGAAAAAUGCAGACGAAAGUUGGGAUUGUAAAAAUACUCGAAAAAUACACAGUUGAUAUUUGUGAUAAAACUGAUAAAAAUUUCGAAAUUGAUCCACAUGGUUUUUUAUUAACUCCAGUAAAUGGAGUUUAUUUGAAAUUAAUAAAAGCACCGAUUGUAUAA